AUGGCUCUGAAACGUAUCAACAAAGAGCUACAGGAGCUCAAUCGCGAUCCGCCGGCUCAGUGUUCAGCAGGUCCUGUGGGAGAAGAUCUUUUUCACUGGCAAGCUACGAUCAUGGGUCCACCGGACAGUCCGUACCAAGGAGGAGUGUUCUUCCUCACGAUCCAUUUCCCUACGGACUACCCUUUCAAGCCGCCGAAAGUCGCUUUCACCACACGGAUCUACCAUCCUAACAUCAACAGCAAUGGUAGCAUCUGUCUUGACAUACUCAGAUCGCAGUGGUCCCCAGCGUUGACCAUUUCGAAAGUCUUGCUGUCGAUUUCGUCGCUGCUAUGUGAUCCCAACCCGGAUGAUCCUCUUGUCCCAGAAAUCGCUAGGACAUAUAAAACGGACAAGCAGAAGUACAACGAUAUGGCUAGAGAGUGGACCCGCAAGUAUGCUACGUGA